CCGCUGAGCCCGAUGUCGUCCUCGUCGCCCCGCAAGCUGUCGGCCUCGGCGCUCGCCCCCGCGGCCAAGAAGCUCAAGACGUCGUCGCUCCUGCGCUUCUUCCGGACGCCCUUCCUCUCGGAGCAUGCGACCUCGACGCUCCAGGCGCAGUGGGCCGACGUCCUCACGAGCGUCGAGACCGAGAUCUGCUUCUACAUUGAGCUCGAGGCCUCGGCGUCGGCCUUGACGACCGAAGAAGAGCAGUGCCUGACGUGGCUCCUCAGCGAGACCUUUGAGCCCAAGCAGUACCGGUCGACGUCGUUCUUGGCGCCGUCGGCGGCUGCGGCCGCGUGGCACGUCGAAGUCGGCCCGCGCAUGAACUUUAGCACGCCAUGGAGCAGUAACGCCGUCUCGAUCUGCCACGCGUGCGGCCUCACCAAGAUCAAGCGCAUCGAGCGCAGCCGCGUCUUCCUCUUCCACGCCAAGCCCGGAAAGCUCACGGCCGACUUCAAGACCAAAUUUUUGGCGGCGCACAUGGACCGCAUGACAGAGCAGGUGUACGAGACGCCAUUGACCGAGUUUGGCGUCUUUACGACCCCCAAGCCCGUCCAGCGCAUCCCGAUCAUGACCGAAGGCAAGGAAGCGCUUCGCCGCGUGAACGAAGAGAACGGCCUCGGCUUUGACGAGUGGGACCUCGAGUAUUACACAAACCUCUUCAAGGAGAAGCUCAAGCGCGACCCGACCGACGUCGAGUGCUUUGACAUGGGUCAGUCCAACUCGGAGCACUCGCGCCAUUGGUUCUUUGGCGGCAAGAUCGUCCUCGACGGCCAGGAAAUGCCCGAGACGCUCUUCAAGAUGGUCAAGUCGACGCUGACGCCUGCGUCGAUGAAGAACUCGAUCAUCGCGUUCCACGACAACUCGUCGGUCAUCAAGGGCGCCAAGAUCAAGACGCUCGCGCCCGCCAACGUCGGCGGCCCGUCGGCGCUCGCCGAGCGCAACCUCGAAAGCCACGUGCUCUUGACGGCCGAGACGCACAACUUUCCGUCCGGCGUCGCGCCCUUUCCGGGUGCCGAGACAGGUACCGGUGGCCGCAUUCGCGAUGUCCAGGCGACGGGUCGUGGUGCGCAUGUUGUCGCUGGCGUCAGCGCCUACUCGGUCGGCCAGCUUUGCCUCGAAGACUACGACCUUCCGUGGGAAGACAAGGCGCUGCAGUACCCGAGCAACCUCGCGCACCCGCGGGACAUCAUCGUGCAAGCCUCCAACGGCGCUUCGGAUUACGGCAACAAGUUUGGCGAGCCCGUCGUGACGGGGUUUGCGCGUUCGUUUGGCAUGGUGCUGCCCAACGGCGAGCGCCGCGAGUACAUCAAGCCCAUCAUGUUUUCGGCCGGCGUCGGCCAGCUCAACGCGACCCACUGCACGAAGGGCCACGCCGAGGUCAACAUGUGGGUCGUCAAGGUCGGCGGCCCGUGCUACCGCAUCGGCAUGGGCGGUGGCGCGGCGUCGUCGCGCAUCCAGGACGCAAAGACGGCCGAGCUCGACUUUAACGCGGUCCAGCGCGGCGAUGCCGAGAUGGAAAACAAGAUGAACCGCGUCAUUCGCGCGUGCAUUGAGCUCGGCGACAAGAACCCGAUCGUGUCGAUCCACGACCAGGGCGCGGGCGGCAACGGCAACGUGCUCAAGGAGAUCGUCGAGCCGGCGGGCGAGCACCGCGGUGGCGCGCGCUACGAGGUCCGCAACAUCCUCGUCGGCGAUGACACGCUCAGCGUUCUCGAGAUCUGGGGCGCCGAGUACCAAGAGAACAACGCGCUUCUGCUUCGCCCCGCGGACGUCGACCUCUUUAGCCGCAUCUGCGCGCGUGAAAACUGCCCGUUUGCGCUCCUCGGCCAAGUCACGGGCGACGGCAAGGUCGUGCUCCACGACGCCCUCGACGACUCGACGCCCGUGGACCUCGAGCUCGACCUCGUCCUCGGCAAGAUGCCGCAAAAGACGUUCACGGACGCGCGGCUUCCGCUGCCGGGCCAGGAGCUCGUCUUCCCGGCCGACAUCUCGGUCGCGUCGGCGCUCGACCGUGUCCUGCGCCUUCUCUCGGUCGGCUCGAAGCGGUUCUUGACCAACAAGGUGGACCGCUGCGUGACUGGUCUCGUCGCGCAGCAGCCGUGCGUCGGUCCGCUGCAGCUGCCGCUCGCCAACGUCUCGGUCAUUGCGCAAUCGCACUUUCGGAGUCCCGAGACGGGCACGUUCACCGGCUGUGCGAGCGCGGUCGGGGAGCAGCCGGUGAAGGGCCUCGUCAACCCCGGUGCGAUGGCGCGCCUCACGGUCGGCGAGUCGCUCACGAACCUCGUGUGGGCCUGCCUCACGGGCUCGCUCCUCGACAUCAAGUGCUCGGCCAACUGGAUGUGGGCGGCCAAGCUGCCCGGCGAGGCCGCGCGCAUGUACGAGUGCUGCUCGGCGAUGACGGCCUUCAUGAAGGACAUUGGCGUCGCGGUCGACGGCGGCAAGGACUCGCUCUCGAUGGCCGCCAAGGUCGGCUCCGAGAACGUCAAGGCCCCGGGCACGCUCGUCGUCACCAUGUACGGCGCGGUUUCGGACGUCGAGAAGACGGUGACGCCGGACCUCAAGCGCGACGGCGGCGACCUCUUCUACAUCGACCUUGGCGGCGGCAAGCACCGGCUCGGCGGCUCGGCGCUCGCGCAGGUGUAUGCGCAGAUCGGCAAGGUCGUGCCCGACAUGGAAGACGCUACGCUCUUUGCGGCCGCGUUCACGACGCUCCAAAGCUGCGUCCACAACCAGUGGCUCUCGGCCGGCCACGAUCGCUCGGACGGCGGUCUCCUCGUUGCACUUUUGGAAAUGGCGUUUGCUGGCAACGUCGGCGUCGCAAUCGACAUUCCCGCGGGCGUUGGCGCCACGGUCCGCGACCACCUCGGCGUCCUCUUUGCCGAAGAACUCGGCAUGGUCGUCCAGGUGCCCAAGGCCUUCGAGAAGGACGUCAAGGCCGCGUUCGCCAAAGCACACGUGCCGUUCGUCAAGGUCGGCAGUCUCGUCGCGGACGGCAGCGUCUCGGUCUCGAUUGACGGCCACGUCGUGCUCACAGACUCGAUGGUGGCCCUCCGCGAUACGUGGGAGGCGACGUCGUUCGCGCUCGAGAAGCGCCAGCGCCGCCCGGACGUGGUCGCGCAAGAGCAGGCGAAUCUGAAGCACCGCAAGACGCCGAGCUGGAAGCUCACGUUUACGCCGUCGCCGACGCUUCCGAAGGCGCUCACGACGCGCCACGAGCACCGCAUUGCCGUCCUCCGCGAAGAAGGCUCGAACGGCGACCGCGAAAUGAGCUCGGCGUUCUACCUCGCGGGCUUUGAGGUCUGGGACGUGACGAUGAAGGACUUGGUGUCGGGCAAGGUCGCGCUCGACGACCGCUUCCGUGGCGUCGCGUUCGUCGGUGGCUUUUCGUUUGCGGACGUGCUCGGGUCGGCCAAGGGCUGGGCCGGCGUCGUCAAGUACCACCCGAACGUCCUCGCGCAGUUCAAGGCCUUCCGCGCCCGCGACGACACGUUCUCGCUCGGCGUCUGCAACGGGUGCCAGUUCAUGUCGCUCCUCGGCUGGGUCAACCCGCCCGUGACGGCCGAGCUCGAAGCCGCGAACACGAUCGAAGGCGACCUUAACCCGCGCUUCAUCGACAACGCGUGCGAAAAGUACGUGUGCAACUUUGUGUCGGUGCAGAUCCAAGAGUCGAACGCGAUCAUGCUCAAGGGCAUGGCCGGCUCGUCCCUCGGUGUCUGGGUCGCGCACGGCGAAGGCCGCGCCCACUUUCCGCACCCGCGCCUCCUCGAGGACGUCCUCGACAAGAAGCUCGCGCCGAUCCGGUAUGUCAACGACCACAACGAGAUCACGAGCGAGUACCCGUUCUGCCCGAACGGGUCGCCCGAAGGCAUUGCCGGUCUCGCGUCGGCCGACGGCCGCCACUUUUGCAUGAUGCCGCACCCCGAGCGCGCCUUCCUCAAGUUCCAGUGGCCCUACCAGACGCCCGAGAUUGAGCACGCCAAGGUCUCGCCGUGGCUCCAAAUGUUCCAGAACGCCAAGGCCUUUUGCGAGUCGACCAACUAA